UAUUGGCAAAUACGCGAGGAGGAUACGGGGUACGAUAUGUCACCAAUCAGGCACCUGCCUGUAAUAUUCGUCAACGGUGUACCUGGCGCCGGUAACCAGACGGUCGCGGAGACGAUGGCCAGCAUCACAGGGUACAUGACGAUAAGGCCAGGGGAGCUGAUACGGGAAGAGGCGGAGAAGGACACCGCCAGGGGACGAAUGAUUUCGGAUAAGUUGAACGCGCAAGAGGAUAUUUCCGAGCAACUAACAGUGGACCUAAUAAAAGAGAAGAUGCUGAUGAACCAAGACGCGAAGGGUUUCAUCCUGGUGGGUUUCCCGCGGAACCCGAGGAUGUCGAACAUCUUUAACAGGCAGGUCAAGUGGCCGGAGAAGAUCGUCGCUUUGGAGGUUGAUAAUGAGGUAGCAGCAACAAGAUUACAAAACAAGCUGUCGGAACUAGGUCGUCCGGAGUGCGAGAUAAACGCGGCGCGGCAGAUCGUGAGGCAGGCGGCGCAUAAAGUGAAGAAUGUGCACAAGCGGUUCGGCGGACAUGUGAUUACGUUGGACAGCAGCGGCAACCCCAAGGCACUAGCGACCACACUCAAAGAGAUCCUCUCAGACACAAUGGAAAAAGCGCAGAGAAACGAAGCGCCCGCGCCCGCGACGGCCUCCGCGCCCGCCAUGAUGACGAGUCCCGACGCGGCUAGUGAUUUGAUAGAUUAA